GCAGUGAUAUGGUGUCGCUACCCUCUACUAGGCCGACAUUACGACACUCAGAUCUUUUUUUUAUUUGAUUCAAUCGAACGUGCACGCUAAUCGAGUGCAACAACUGGAAAAAUGAAGAUGGCGGACGGAUGUGUAUUCUUCAGAAGAAAUAGACCCGGAACUACAGCAAAGAAUUUCUGUAGGUGGCCUGAUGAACCCUUUGAAGAAAUGGACAGCACGCUGGCCGUGCAACAAUAUAUUCAACAGAUGAUUAGAAGAGAUCCAUCUAAUGUCGAUCUAAUAUUGAAAAUGCCAGAAGCACAAGAUGAAGCAGUAUGGAAAUAUGAACAUUUAAGACAGUUUUGUAUGGAACUCAAUGGUUUAACAGUAAGACUGCAAGCAGAAUGCCAUCCAGAAGCUUGUACUCAAAUGACAGCUACUGAACAGUGGAUAUUUCUGUGUGCUGCACAUAAAACACCUAAAGAAUGUCCAGCUAUUGAUUAUACACGACAUACACUCGAUGGUGCAGCUUGUUUGCUUAACAGUAAUAAGUAUUUUCCUAGCAGAGUAAGUAUCAAAGAAUCUUCAGUAGCAAAACUUGGAUCUGUUAGCCGGAGAGUUUACAGAAUCUUCUCUCAUGCAUAUUACCAUCAUAGAACAAUAUUUGAUGAAUUUGAGAAUGAGACUUUUUUAUGCCGCAGGUUUACAGCAUUUGUGACAAAGUAUAAUUUGAUGUCAAAAGAAAGUUUAAUAGUACCAAUUAUGGAAGAAGAAGGAACGACAGAAAGUGAAGCGUAGAACUUGAAUGUUUAUUUAUAUUGUCCAAAAUUGAUUUGUCAAAUUUAAGGUGGUAUUGUAGUCUAGAAAUUUGAAAAAAUCGAAAUUUUUUUUUCAUAUUUCCAAAGUUUAGACAUUCAAGAAUAUGCCCUUAAAAGGAUUUUUCAGAAUUUCAAUUAUUUUAUGAGUUACAGCCAUUUUUGUGACGCAGCAUCUGCUUCGGUCCGACCGGAACAAAUGAACAGUAGACGGUAGACGUUGUCCGAGUAAACUUGUCUCAAAACUUUAAACGCGUUUUUCUCGAAAUUACUUUUUUUGAGUUGGCGUGCACGAUAUCUCAAUUUCUAAUGAACCUAUUUAUUUUAAAUGUGAUCUGAAUAUUCCUUAUAUACUCCUCUAUCGUCCGGACCACGUUCAGCUCAAAAUCUUUAAUAUUACUAUUUUUUAAACGUUCGGAAUUAUCAAAAAAGCGUGCGAAAUAAGAAAUUUUUUUUUAAAUGGCCGUCAUUUUGUGAAAAAAUGUUGUAUUGACUUUUCCAAGAUUCAGACGAUAGCGGCAUCCAUACUAAUUAAGAAUCUGUUCGCUUUUUUUGUUUCAAAUGACUAGAAGGGUUGAUAUCAUGCACGCCACGACACCCCAUUUUUUUGGCAGCACCCACUUUGCCGGCUCAUAACUUUUUAAAUAUUGAGUUUUUUUUCAGUGAAUUUUUUACGUAAUCUCGAAAUAUCAAUAAUGCUAAAAAUGCUAAAAAGGAGGAUAGCAAAAAUAUUUUUUGUUUCGCUUGUACAGAGCUUCAAAAAUCGCCCGAAAUUCAUGCCUCUAGACCAGAAUACCCCCUUAACGAAAUCAUUGGUAAUAUUGAUAUAUCGCUGAAAUAUCUCUUGUAGUUCUAAUUAUUACAAGAGUAUUGAAAAUUUUUGCUAAUCUGUCUAGAAAUAUAUCAUUAGAAUUUCUUGUUAUUAAUUGAAUUAAGAUUCAUUUUAAUACAGUCUUUGCUAACAGGAAUUUAUUGUAUAAAGUAACUUUUCUUGCUUAAAAAUUAUAUUUAUAGUAUUUACUUAUCAUUGAAUGUGUAAAGUGUGGAAGGUAUAGUUGAAGUUAUGAUCCAGCCAUUACUAAGUCUUUGUAUAACGAUGAAUUUAUUUUAAACAAAUGUAUUAUACCUUCUACACAAUACAUUAAGUUAAAAUAAUUCUGUACUAAUGAAUUUUACAUGAGUUUACGUUGUUAAUGUAACAAAAUAAUUUUAAACAUUUUUGAAAACAUAAUUUUACCAAAUGGCAUUUCAUGAAAUAAUAUAACAAGAAAUUCAAGAAAAUUUAAAGUAAAAUUAUUCAGUCUUUUACAUAGCAUAUCUUUAUAUAUUUUGUACCUUCUUUUUUGUAUAAACAUAUUUAAUUUUAUUGAAACUAAUUAUAAAUUUAGAUUUCUUUUUUGUAAGUAACCUUAUUACGAUGUGUUUGACUAAUUCGAAAUCUAACAUUAAAUAUCGAUAUUUUUUUCUUACUUCAUUGAGUCAUCAUAAAAAAAUGGAUAUAUUUACUGUAGCAAACGUUAUCAAUAUAACGUAACUAUAAUCAUCGUGCAGUAACCAAAUGAAGCAAACACUUAUAUGCAUUAUUAGUAAUGAUAGUAAAUGUGUAGUGUUCUUAUUUAUAACAUAUUUAUCUUAUGUGGGAUUGAACUUAAAAUGUUGACUUUCUUCUCCUGUUACCGGCAUAACUCUUAAUAUCGUAUAGUCCGUUUAAAAACGUUACAUUUUUAUUGUCUGUAAAGUAUUAAACAUAAGAAGGAUGAUACAGACCUGUUAUAUUAUCAGGGCACACACGUUUUUAAAAAUGAGACUAGAGAAUACAAGUGAAUAUUAUUUUUUAGUUUGUUUUAUAAUCAUUUAUCUAUAUUAAUUGACAUUAAUUUUUUACCGAUUAAUAAUUCUGCCAAUGAGAAAGUUGAAAGUGUUCUCUAGUUUUCUCGGUAAGAAAAACAAUAUCAGUGCUGGGAGAUUAUCCAUACUACUGCCGAAUACUUAAGCUCCAUAAUAAGUAGUUUAUAGUAGUAAUCGACAUAAUAUGAAAAUGAAAAAAAGAAUUAAGAAUACUUUGGAAUUUAUUGGUUUAUUAAUGUAUCAAUCGCGAUUAAUUCAAACAAUGUUUUUUGUAAGCUUAUACGAAUUUGAUACUAAGAAUAUAUUACUACAAAAAAGAAACAGAAAUAAUUGCAAAAAUGUACUCUCUUCCAGUUUCACCAACGGUGAGAAACAUAAUCAUCACGAAAGAAUUUUUUAGUAAUUUCAUUUACUGUUGGUGAAAUGUGAUGUUUGCUAAUCGUCUAUUGCGAAUAACUUUUUCUAAAACCAAAAGACAGAAGAUCUUACAAUUAAAUUUCUGUAGAAGGCACUGUAAUUUUCAUAGUGUAUGUUAUAAGUCCGCAAUGUGCAUGCAUGCUAUUGUAACACUGUAUAUAUAAUUUGUAAAUAAGAAAUCUAAUAACGAUAAGAUCAGUUAAUAGAGAUUGGAAUAUGAGAAAUACACCGAAAGCGCGUGAUUAUUUCUGUAAUAAACAUGCAUGUACUGACAAGGAAUAAACUUUUUACUUAAUAAGAACCAUUGUAUCGCUCUUUCAUGUGCAUAAAACAAAUAUGAUAGAAUUAACAUUCUUACAAAUGUACAAAUUUUCCAAGAAAAUAUGAUUUUUUAUUUAAAAUUAAAAAUUUUUGUCUCUGAUUA